UUUUCUAUUUCUGGCCUUAUUAUUUUUCCAAUUUAUUUUUCCUCAAUGCUAAAUUUAUUUUUAUUUUUGUUUAAUAUUUAUUUUCCUUCCACAAAUGGUGCCAAUUAUUUUAACAUUUUUUAUGUUGUUCUUUAUUUUUAUUUAAUUAAUUCUGUUUUUGUAUUUCAUUUUCUGUUACUUGUAUUUUUCUGUAUUUCAUAAUUCUGAUUUUUUAUUUUAUUUUAAUUAAAAUUCUGAUUUUUAUUUAAAUAAUUCUGAUUUUUUAAUUCUGAUAUUUACAUUGUAUUUCCAAAAUUCUGAUUUUUUUCUGAUCGCUUAUUUCACUAAUUCUGGUAUUUAAUUUUGAUUUUUAUUCUUGUAAUUAAUUCUGGUUUUUAUUUAUUAAUUCUGAUAUUUUUCCAACCUAAUUUAAACACCUUUCUAGCAUUAUUUGAACUGUAUUUUUUAAUUCUGAUUUUAAUUCUGAUUUUGUAUUUCUUUUCUUUUUAUUCAACUGUCC